CUUUUUCUAAUAAGAAUAAAAAAUGACGACCGAACCUAAAGACUAUUACGACAAUGGUGCUAUUCCGAUAUUUGAACCAACUUGGGACGAAUUUAAAGAUUUUAAAGCAUUUAUGACAAGCAUUGAAGAGUAUGGCAGGAAAGCGGGUAUUGUAAAGAUCAUCCCGCCCAAAGAAUGGAAAAAGCAAUUACCCGAUGUUCAAGAGAAUUUGAGCCAUAUACGAGUCUCUAAACCCAUUACACAGCAUAUUUUAGGAGGAAGAGGUGUUUUCACUCAAACAAAUAUUGAGGAUAGAAAAGAAUAUUCAAUACAAGAUUGGCAUCAACUUUGUCAGCAAUCAGACCAUCGCCCACCUAAUGUUCAUCGUAAAUCUUGUACUGACAACAGUCCUAGCUUAGAGAAACAAGAAGACACAUCUGCAUCACUUUUACUUGAAUCAGAUCAAAGUCAUUUAAGUAUAGAUCAAUACAAGGAAAUCGAAAGACAUUAUUGGCGAAACAUCACUUUCAAUCAACCCAAGUAUGGUGCUGAUAUGCUUGGAACUUUAUUUGAUGAUUCGGUUCAACAUUGGAAUCCAAACACACUUGAUAAUUCACUAAAUAAGUUAAAUGUGUCACUUCCCGGUGUCAAUCAACCUUAUCUUUAUUUUGGUAUGUGGAAAGCAACUUUUGCUUGGCAUGUCGAGGACAUGGAUCUCUAUUCUAUCAACUAUAUACACUUUGGUGCUCCCAAGCAAUGGUAUGCGAUUGAACCAUGUCAUCAAAGAAAAUUCGAGAAUUUCAUGCAAACCACGUUUUUUACCCAGUACAAAUCAUGCCAUGAAUUCCUGCGGCACAAAACAUUCAUUGUGUCACCCAAAGUCUUACAAGACAAUAACAUUCCAGUUCAACGUUGUGUGCAACAACCAGGCGAAUUCAUGAUUACUUUUCCAUUCGGUUAUCAUUCUGGAUAUAACCUCGAUUUCAAUUGUGCUGAAAGUGUGAAUUUUGCCUUGGAUUCAUGGAUAGAGAUAGGAAGAAAAGCAAAAUCAUGUCAUUGUAUCAGUGAUAGUGUUACUAUUGAUGUCAAUAGUUUAUUUCAAGAACAGCAUCCCAAAAAGAAACGCAAGACAGAAGAUAAACCUACUCAGUGUAUAUUGUGUUCGAUACCUUAUCAUUCUGCCUUAUUGAAAUCCAAUUGCGGCAAAUAUGAUGGUAUUCAUCAAUUAUGUGCUGAAGGUGUAGAUGAGACAUACAUCGUAAAGAACCUUGUUUAUGGAAUCAAUCAUAUCCCAUCUUCACGUUGGAAGCUAGUAUGUAUCUAUUGUAAAGAAAAAACAGGUGCCUGUAUGCAAUGUUGCCAUGGCAAAUGCUGGAAAUCAUUUCAUGUCACUUGUGCCGCAAAGAACAAUGCCACCAUAAACAAAGUCACUGAAUUUGAUCCAAAACAACCUUAUUCACAAUACAGUGCUUAUUGUCCUCAACAUGAUCCUAAACGUCUUGUCGAGAAAAAGGCACUUCAAGAGAAAUACAUUAAGGAAAUGUCAAAAAAGUUUCAAAUGAACCUUGACAUCUACACGAAAUGGAGAGGAGGAGGCUUUUAUCAAGGCAAAAUCAAAGAAUGUAUUCCAAGCCAAAAAAUGUGUCGUGUUAUACUACAAGAUGGUAUUAUUCGUAAAGUACCUUGGAGGGAUAUCUCUCUAGAACCACCUUCAUCUUAUCCCUUGUAAAUUAUACAUGUAUAUAUUUAACGAACAACAACAACAAAAGUAAUAUAGUAGUAAUUUUAUAUUUAUAUCUUUAUACAUCUUCAUCUGAAUCUUCAAUAAUGCGUUUACUUCGGUAUUGUUUUUUAUCUUUCUUUUUGAGCAGCUUUUCAUAUUCUUCUUCAUCUUCUUCUUCUUC